GAAAGUUACCGCACAAAUAAACUCAAAUAUUUUACCUAAAAUGAGUGAAAAUGAAGGUGAGAUCCUUUCGGAUGACGAUAUCAGAUACGACGACGACCCGGAAGAGGGUGAGAACGGUGGCGAUAACGAUGGACCGACCGGCGGCCCAACGCAAGUGAAGGUAGAGCACAAGAAAAAGGUCGUUACCAAUCCGCGUUUCACACUGAACGCCACGAGAUUGUGCGGUCCGCGCGGUAUCAUCGCAAUGCGGGACCACUUCCAAGGGUUCAAGUUUCGCGGCAAAGGCCAGGAGGUGGCCGAUCUGGACGAGAUCCUGCGCCGGAUGGAGCACUGGGCGCACAGGCUUUUCCCCAAAUAUCACUUGGACGACGUGAUCGCCACGGCAGAACGGUUGGGCACCAAAAAGGAGGUUCAAAGCUACAUGGAUCGUUACCGGCGGGGUGAACUGCAGCGCGAGUUGGCCGAAGGGCGUGACGAUGGGUUACUUUCGAGCGAUAGUGACGAUGGAGUGGCCGACCAGGCGUACGAUGGACGGAACCGGCUUAACCAACCGCUGGACCCACUGGACAGUAUGCUCGAUGAACAGAUUGCCCUAUCGCGAGGCCGUACUUCGAUGGCCAAUACAUCGGGCGUCGGUAAUCUCGAUAGCACAUUCGAUGAAGUAGCAAGGCGAGAGCCAUCCAAGGAACCUUCGGUUGCUCCAGCACCGAAACCAGCGGCAGUCCUGUCCGAAGAAGUUCGAGCAAAGAUUGAGGCAAAUCGUUUGCGAGCUUUGGAGUUGAGAAAGGCGCGUAUGAAUGCCCAGCAUAGCGAGGAAAAGGAAAAUGAAGUUCGAAAUACGGAGAUCGAUACGACCUUCUAAAACUCUAUGCUGGUGUAAGUUCCCGCAGGCUUUCGCAGACUAUAAAUAAGUUAAGGAUGUUCAUCCAUGUUCAUUCUUCUUCCGCUGGGUAGUUAAUUCGAAUCAAUAUAUUUC